AAGUUUCUUUGUGGGUCAGCAGCUCAGGAGGAAGUGGCUUGGUCACUUUGAAUUAUUCCCCCACCCCUACCGAAUUAGAUCAAAACGUUUAAGAGCUGUCACAUCUCACUGGAGGCAGCAGUCUGCUGAUAAACAGGACACUUGGAGGUUACAAGAUAUUCUGCGGUAAAACGCUUAGCAAGAGGAGCAGCUGCCACACAGGAGGACACCAGUGAGAAGAAUCGGAGCGGUACAAAACAAGCUAUUGGCAGAGUGAGGAACUAUGGCUGCCUUGAAAUGUGCUUUUUUCCUGAUUUGUAUCAUCUCCAUGGCAUCUGCUGUCACUCCUGGGUGUAAAAUUCGAAUCACAAGCAAGGGUCUUGAAUAUUUGAGGCAGGAAAGCCUGAAGUUUGUGGAGGAGGAGCUAGAGAACAUUCACAUCCCUGAUAUGUCUGGAAGGGAAGGCCGAUUCUCAUACUCUAUAAAAGAGGUGAAGAUCACAGAAUUGAACAUCACAUAUUCAGACCUGCAUUUUCAGCCGGAUUUCGGCAUCGUCUUUGAGGUGCAAAACUCUUCCAUCAGCCUCACCUUCAAGCGUCAGAUCCUCUACUGGCUCUUUCAAGAUGUUGGUUCUAUCAAUGCAUCCGCUGAGGGGGUCAACAUACAUACAGCUGUCAGGCUGUCUAAGGACAAAGCUGGCCGUCUAAAGAUAUCCAACAUCAUCUGUGAUGCAUCAAUCUCCAAAAUGCGUGCUAAAUUCUCUGGUACUAUGAGCAAGGUAUACAACAUCCUCGCCUCUUUCAUCACCACAGGCAUGCGAUUCAUACUAAACCAGCAGAUCUGUCCAGUGCUCAACAAUGCAGGAACAGUGCUGUUAAAUUCUCUCUUGGACACUGUGCCUGUCCAGGCACAAGUUGACAACUAUGUUGGAAUUGACUAUUCCCUCCUCAGUAACCCUAUUGUGACCUCAGAGAACCUAGACAUGGACUUCAUGGGGAUGUUCUAUGGCCUACAUGAUGAAAAUGACACCCUUGUAAACUACUCCGAGGAGCCUAAAAUCCGUGAAUACAAGCAUAUGGUGUACCUGUCACUCUCGGAAUACUUCUUCGAUAGUGCCAUGUACUCCUACUUCAAGGCUGGAGUCUUCAGCACAGAAAUCUCUCAUGAGAAGAUGUCCAAAGACUUAGAGUUACUUUUAAGAACAACAUACUUUGGGACAAUCAUGCUGCUGGACCCUUCAGUGAUGGACGGGCCCAUUGGCUUAGAGCUGAGAGUCAUAUCUCCCCCCAAAUGUGUCAUUAAACCUUCAGGGACCACUGUGUCUGUUACUGCAGUUGUUAGUGUCUUACUACUGCCUGAAAAUCGUGAGCCCAUCCAACUCUCCAGCAUGACAAUGGAAUCAAAAAUGAAUGCCAAAGUGUCAAUGAAGGGCAAGAAGCUGGCUGUCCAUAUGGAUCUGAGAAGGUUUAGGAUCUACUCUAACCAGUCUGCGCUGGAGUCCCUGGCGCUGAUCCCCCUGCAGACUCCCCUGAAGACCCUCCUACAGCUGGCAGUUAUGCCAGUUAUUAAUGAGCGAACUAAAAGAGGAGUUCAGAUCCCACUGCCAGAGGGGAUGGACUUCAAAGAGGAGGUAGUUCAGAAUCACAUGGGCUUCAUUACAAUAGGUGCGAAUCUACACUUCAGCAAGGGCCUGAGAGAGGUCAUCGAAAAGAACCGGCCAAGCACAGCUUCAAACAGCACCCAGCCCUAACUGGGCUUUGGCUGCCCUCCUGUCAUGUUUGCAGCGCCCCAUCUACAAUAACACACUGCUUCAGGCUCAUUGCUCAUCAGUCAUAUUAAUGGUAAAUAGGAGAUAUCAAAUGUAUAAUUAUUAGAAGAAAUGUGCUGCCAACUUGCAGGAAUGUCUGUGGCUCACAUCCUCAUCCUGAAUAUUCACAGCCAUUUCUGGCCAUUUUCCCAACCCUGUGUCCUCCUUCAAGUGACUCCAGAGAGACCGCACUUGCUAAAGCACUCCUCUUGUUCCCUUCCAUCAUUAAAUCAACAUUCCUGUCAUCACCUUCCUUUGACCCGACCAACCAGAGGCACUUGAUUGAUUUGACAGAAGGACAACAGACAGUAAAAUAAUUCAUUAUUAGGCCCUUAGCAUGCGCCUGCCAGCUACCGGUAUGUGCGAUUAUCCUUCCAACAUUCAACACCGCAGUUAAUGUGGUUUCUUACUUUCGAAAUUUGAACCUAGAAUGGCUUUUGGCAUUGACUGCUUUUCUAGUCUUCGGUCAAAACAGUCUGCACUGUAAUCCCAAUGGCGUAUUACCCUGCGCUUCCAGCAUGAUAAACGAGCCAGGCCAUAUCUCCGUUAAUGUAAAUUCGUAUGGACUCACCACGCCAUAGCUGCAUUACUUGUACCUGCCGAGAUUAAUCAGGGGGGCAGUAGCUUAAAGCCUCUUGCUAACACUGGAUGCCAGUUCAUCACAAAGCACAGUUUAAGGCCACCAGUAAGGAAGUGGAGAACGACACAACCAAAUGCAGAAGAUGGAUGUCUACCUGCACAUACAAAAGCUACUUAGGUGCUUUUAUUUUAUUUCUUUUUAUGCCUUGAGUGUUGCUUGGCAUUUCUGAAUUUUCAGGAUCUGCUUGUGUGCUUUAAGUGGUUCACUUAGCUUAGAUAUACAAAAGGUGAACGCUCCAAAAUACAAACCUACACAGCGUCAAAAGAAAAUGUGUGAAAUGUGUCUAUUGCACUGGUUUGGCCUGCAGCCGCUCCCCACUGCUACUCAAACGGCUAUGCGAGCUCCCGUCUGCAUGUCUCGGCCGAAAAUGGAGCAGAUGCUACAGGGUCCCGUGUGACUGAUCGUGUUUAUGUUACUCUUUUGUCUUUAUAUUUUUCCUGUGAUGCUGCUUUUGACAAAGUAAAAAAAAAAAAAAAAUGGCACCAUUUAAUUGUGGAGCCGCUUGGAUCAGAAAGCCUACAGAACAUUCCAACAGAAAAGAAACAAAGCAACCCUGGCACUAGGGUCACUGGUUUGACACUGGAAAAGUGGCUAAUAAGAAAGAACGUUCUAUCCACUAUAAAAGGAGGCUUAGAGGGUCGACGCAACGUGUUGCCAUCUAUGAGAGGCCGAGAGAGAAGAAAAUAUGGUACACAAGUUAUUUAAAAA